AUGACCGCCCUCCCAUCCUUCGUCGAGCUCAUGGCUUCCCUGGGCCUCGAUAACGCCGCCAAACCUGGCCUGCACUCCCGCCACACCGGUGCAAACCGUCCUGCAUUUCACCAUUCACGCUCUUCCUCCGCCUCAUCCUGCAGCUCUUUCUCUUCAUCGACUUCGGGUACUCUACUAUCAAAUCCCAGCGUUCGGUUCGACGCCACAACCGCAUCUCGCGAGAGCUCUCCUGCCGAUAGGGAUUGGGAGAUGGAGAGACGCCGAGCGCGCGCGACUCGAUACGCUCCAUACGGCGCGAGCAUCUCUCAUUCGCGAAAGAGGAGCGUCCCUGUUAUUACGAAAGAGGAACUGGAGGAGCGGCCUAUGCGGCCUCUGUCUACGUCUCCGUAUCUGUCACCAGCUACAUGCACCAUCAGCCGCAGAUCGGCCUCCAUCGCAGCUAAGAACCCUCCACGACGACCGCAGAAGCUCAAUCUGUCCGAGACUGACCUCACUGCCAACACUCCCAUAUCGACCUUCGUCCGUCGCAAAAGUCCCCAGAAUUCACCGACGUCCCCCACAUUUUCCCACCCUAGGCGUAGGCGGUCCACCAGCCCUACGCAACCGGUCUCUCUUCCCACCAUCCCAUUUAUUUUCCCGCCCUCACCGUCCUACAAAUAUACCCCAUCUGAUACAGAGGACGAAGAAAUGCGCGACGCUGCCGUUACCACGCAACCUCAGCAGGUGUCUGAUGCCUCAGCCUCGAGACGCGCACUGCUCGCUCGAGUAAGUGAUCCCGGUAUCCGCAUCUCGGUGUUCUCGCGUCCCGAAUCGCUCGCGAACAACUUCGCCCAACCCAUCGUUACUCCCCUGGCCUGA